AUGGAAGGAAAGGGCGUCGCCAACACAGGUCAUGAAGACCUCAUACACGAUAUCUCCUACGAUUUCUACGGUCGUAGGCUCGCUACAUGUUCUUCGGACCUCCAUCUCAAGAUCUGGGAUCUGAAUGAGACAUCUGGAGAAUGGGAGCUCAACGACUCUUUCAAGGCUCAUGACGCGUCUAUCCUCCGCGUCAAUUGGGCACACCCCGAACACGGACAAGUUAUCGCAACAUGCAGUGCGGACCGCUCAGUGCGAAUCUUCGAAGAGCAGGAGCAUGAGACGAAGGGCAGUGGCCGAAGAUGGGCAGAGAAGGCGCGCUUGGUCGAUGCGAGAGGUGCGGUACAGGAUGUUUGGUUUGCGCCUGUGCACCUGGGAUUCAAGGUCGCUGCAAUCAGUACGGACACGAAUAUCAGAAUUUACGAAGCUCUUGAACCUCAUAACCUCCAGCACUGGACUUUGAUGGACGAAUUCGCUGCUUUGCCUACAAGGCCACCGCGUGAACUUGAAUCGUCCUUCUGUCUGACCUGGUGUCCUUCUCGAUGGACGGCAUCCCCUUAUCUUGCGGUGGGUGCACAGGAUACAUGCAAGAUUUACUCAACAGACAAUACCACCGGCAAAUGGAAGCCGGUCGAUGACUUGGAGUUGAAGGGCCACAAGGGCCUUGUACGGGACGUCAGCUGGGGUCCAAGUCUAGGUCGAUCUUACCAUCUGAUCGCCACGGCAUGCAAGGAUGGACAUGUUCGUGUAUUCAAGCUCACUGAGACUAAAGAAGACUUGUACGCACGGGCGGAGGACGAGAAGCGUUGGGUAGUGGAAUGCAUUGCGGAUCUCGACGACCACGGCGCUGAGGUGUGGAGAGUAUCAUGGAAUGCCACUGGCACCGUGUUGAGCAGUGCAGGAGACGAUGGACGGAUACGUUUGUGGAAGGCCUCGUUUACCGGAGAGUGGAAGUGCAUGAGUGUCAUUAAGGCGGAGCAGGAUGUCAGCCACGAGGACUACAUGGAAGAAUAG